CACCGGACGCAAACGACCGAGCACCUUGCAGCGGCUCCUUUCUCUCUGUCCCCUUUAUAUAUACAGCGACGCAGCCUCCUGCGCCCACGCUGCCCAGCCUGUCGGUCCACGCCAGUACGAUUGCGAUAGCUCCGGUCUGACCCAUGAGCGAUCAAGCUGCUGGCGGAGGGAUCGGGAGCCACAUGUCGACUCACAGGCGACAGGAUUCCGGGGACGAGCCGAUACCGACCGAGCCCGCCCCGGAGUCGCGGAGCACACCUUCCGAAUCGGACUCCGAGCCUCUCUCACCGCCUCCUCAAGAUCUGCCCCGUGGCUCACGAAAGCUCAGUCAAAGCGGAUCGGCGAGGACAGCGCGAGUUGUCAGCCCUCCCCAAGGAUUGUCGAGGAAUCCAUCCACCAGCUCAACCGUCUCCACCGCCACAAGGCCUCAUGCCGAAUACCUUCCAGGACGCACGCCGGCGCCAGAUCAGCCGUCGACGAGGCCGACCACAGCACCGCAAAUAGAUCCCCCGGUUACCAAGGCAACGCUAAGUGAGCUCGAUGUGCACAAAAUCGUCCACAAUCCGAAGCUGCGACACGACAUCAACUUCGAUCCCGAGCUGCACUUCCGGCCGAACCUUGAUGGCGACAAGGGAAAGCGGAAACAGGAGAGGGCGAACCAGUUCUGGAAUACGCUGUACGACCAACUGAACUUGUUUGUUGUGGACAGGGAAGCGUUCCACGCGCGGUAUGGGCACGGGGAUUGGUGUCUGCCGGUGCUGCUCCACGCAGUCAGGGAUAUCAUUGAAACGCUAGUACCGCUCCAGGACCGGGCCCUGCUGAAUGAGGGUCUAAACGUCGAGCUGCUGAUGCAGCAGUUCAGCCGGGGCGUUGCCGAUUUGGAGAAGCUGGCCUCCUGGUUAGCCGGCGUUCUCAAGCUCCACUGCGCGCCCAUGCGGGACGAAUGGGUCGACGCCAUGUAUCAGGAGCUGAGCAACGGGAACCGCAACAACGACAUCGCCGAGCUCGUCAAGGGAAUGCGCAGCCUGCUGAGCGUGCUGGAGGCCAUGAAGCUCGACGUGGCAAACCACCAGAUCAGGUGCCUGCGCCCCGUCUUGAUCGAGGACACGGUCCACUUCGAGCAGCGCUUCUUCAUAAGGAAGAUCGAGUCGAGAAAGCUCAGCAUUGCCCCUUCGAGGGCCUGGUACCGGGAAGCCGAGCGAUACACUCGAAGGUUGUACGGCACAUCACCGAUGCCGCACUUGCACGCGUUUGGCAGCAUGGCCGUGUUCUUCCAUGCGCUCUCCACUCUCGUCCUUCCAUCGACAUGCCCCAAGGCUAUUCCUCCGACGUUCGUCUUCGACGAGGACCGGAUGCUCAAGCUCCGGUCCGACAUGCACGACAGCAUCUGCCUGGAGAUCUGCAUGCGAAAGUAUGACGAGUUGGAGGGGCUGUCUCGGAUAACACAGUCGUGCGCCGCUAGGAUUCCCUCGUACGUUAGGGAUGAGGCCGCAGGCUCUCGGCUGUCGGGCGAGUUCAAUUUCAUGGCCCCUGGCGCGUCACGUCCGUCUAGCCUGGCGUUUAGCGAUCGCGGUUCCGACUUCUCGUCGCCCCGGACGUCGGCCAGUUUCUUCGCUCAGCCCGCGGCCGACUCGGCCGACUCGCGCCUCAGGGCAUCCGAAGUCUACAGCUCGCUUCUCGCGCUUCUGCACACGGCGCCCCCGACGAGCAACCCGGCUGAGCGGUGGAACGGUCUCGCGGGAUCCAUGGCGCUUCAGGUGCUGCGGUGUGCCAACGCGCCCACGUCGCUGCCCGGGUUCGAGAGCCAGCUAGCCGCCUCGCUGAAUGAUGUGCACAGCGGCAUCUUCCGUGAGGUGGAGGCGCACUUCCAACAGCGGCUCCUCGCCGAGCUGGCCAGACGCGUCGCUGAGUUCAAGGACCUGUCGGGCGUCGCCCUGUUUUCGGCUGCCACGGGAUCCCGCGCCCACGGGCACGGGCAAAGCCGGGCGUGGGAUCGGGCACGCGACCACGGCUAUCACCAACACCAUGCCGGCAGCCUGUUCGCCGAGCAGCCGCGCGAUCCCCGUGAGGACGCAGGCAUCGACGACAUGGCGUCCCGGCUCGCGCACCUGGGCAUCCUGCACUGGCGUGUAUGGGCGCCGCUGGCCUAUGAGGGUGACAUCGAGAGCGAGCUGCACGCACUACAGCACCCGGCUCUGCUAUGAACAACAAGGCCGCCACCGUCAGGUCAGGCCGGGUGCCACCUGAACUUCUCUCUGGACUCUGCUUCUUCCGCCCGUCCGCAACAGAUUCUGUGCCCACCAGCGGACGCUGCGCCCUUUCGAAACUACUGCCAUCUUUGUAAUUCGGCAACC